ACAUGAUCAUCUAGUAAGCGUAAUCAAUUGGAUCAUAUUAAAAUAACAAAGUAGCAUCGAUUUGCUGAUGCAGCAUUGGUUACGAAAGAUGAGCAAGGUGUCAUAACAAAGCAUCAUAACCUAAAAAUAAACAUUAGUAGUCAGAAAAUUCGUAAAUAUUAUGCACAAAGUGCGAGUUUUCAUCGAGUAUUUACAAUAAAUAUUAUUGUGAGAUCAUUGCCCAUCGAGAGAACAUAAAGUUUAUAGGUGACAUCUUACAUGAUGAUCGACAAGAUGAGUGUUUCCCAACAGGAGUUGAUACGUAAGAAGUUGGAAAAGGAUUCCAAACUGUUGCUCUUCAUAUGCAAAUUGAAAUAUCCGAGAUAUGCAUCAUUUAUAUUUCCUGUUUAUAUGUUACUGAAGUACAUUAAGAUUAAGAAGAGCGGUAAGAAGUUUCAGUUGCGUCAGGUGCCUCAAGAAUUGAUAAAACAAUUGAGCAAAUCGAACGCCUACGCUGAUGUGAAUAAUUGCGUAAUUGUCGACGAUGGUUACUGGAAGGCCAUCCUGAAUGAAGCUCUUUACGUGAGGAUCAAGGCCGGAGGGAAGUCGCGCGUGGCGCAGGUGGUUUCCGGUAAAGUUGGAGAUGAAGAAGUUUUGAUUUCGGAUACGCUGAAAUUCAAUUUGAAGAUGGAAAUUGGAUCUUUGGCUCCUGUUAGUUUCGAGAGUAUUAAGAUCGCUUCGCAGAUUUAUGUUUCGCUCGUGUCGUCUCCUCACAAUCUUAAUGCUCUCUUGACCGAUACUCUUCUGAAGAACUACUUCAAGUGUCCGAAACUGGUGUACAAGGAGGACGUUAUUUCUAUAAGGCUACAAGAUUACGCUCCCGAUCAUUACUACAGCAAUCCCAAAUUGAACGAAGCGGAAUGGGUCUAUUUCAGGUGCAAUAAGAUUACGUUCUCGUACGGCGAUGAGUGUCCAGGUGGCGAAGGUUGCUUGGGUGUCGUCGGACCUACGGGGCUAAUACAGUCGGCGGACGUGCAGAGUUCGCUCCCGCCGCGCUUGCAAUCGAUACGAGACAGAAUUGAAGGAAAUUGCACGGAUAAUUUACUCGGUCUCUAUCCCGAGGGACUGUCGUUGUACUUCCGGCAGCUGGAGCGCGCCGCAAAACCCUUCCUUAAAGACAAUAAACUGAAAUUGAGGGCGACCAUCCUGCUGCAGGGCGGUCGUGGAUCCGGGAAGAAGCUGAUACUAACAUCGUUCGCCAAGAAGUUGGGUCUGCAGAUCUGCAAACUCGGAUUGAACGAUCUGACGGCGCACGCUUAUUCGCAGACAGAAAUCAAGAUGAGAAACGCUUUCUUCAAAGCAAAACUCUGCUCACCAACAAUUGUUGUCAUUAACAAUUUCGAGAAUUUUUGCAAAAACAACGAAGGUCAACACGAUUCCCGCAUCAUCAGCUACUUCGUAAACGAACUGAACAACCUCUUCAGCAACAAUAAGCAUCCGGUGAUAUUGGUAUGCGUCAGCAACACAAAGGAUUUACCCUCCGAGCUGAGCAGAGUCUUCCUCGAGACGAUCACAUUCGAAGCGCCGAAUCAAACGGAGAGAUCGCAAAUUCUCGAGUGGAUCGUCGCGAAGAAAUCGUUAAAAGUGCGAGCGAAUCUUUCGGAGAUUGCAGGAAAAACGCACGGAUUUUUGUACGAAGAUUUGGAGGCGCUGGUAUACUAUGCAAAUAAGAAUUCGCUGUUUGCGAAGACUGAAGCUAUCACCGAUAAAGAUUUUGAGUAUUCCAUGGAUGUAAUGCAAUCGAAUUACACGCAAACCGUCGGUGUUCCCAAGGUGCCGAAGGUCCAGUGGUCCGACAUCGGUGGAUUAGAGGAUGUUAAAAGGGAAAUUAUUAAUACGAUUAAUUUGCCUUUGAAGCAUUCCAAGCUUCUGCAAAGCACACUUCUGAAACGAUCAGGAAUUUUACUAUAUGGACCACCUGGAACUGGGAAGACGCUGAUUGCAAAGGCAGUAGCCACCGAAUGCAACCUCUGCUUCCUUUCGGUGAAAGGACCUGAACUGUUGAACAUGUACGUUGGACAAUCCGAGCAGAACGUUCGUGAAGUGUUUGAGAAGGCUAGACAGGCGUCACCGUGCAUCGUCUUCUUCGACGAGUUGGAUUCUCUAGCUCCAAACCGCGGCAUGUCCGGAGAUUCCGGCGGAGUCAUGGAUCGUGUGGUUUCUCAGCUCCUCUCCGAAAUGGACGGCCUCAAUGAAAACGGAACGAUCUUCGUUAUAGGUGCGACCAACAGACCGGAUUUGAUCGAUCCUGCGCUUCUUCGGCCAGGCCGAUUCGAUAAGCUCCUUUACGUCGGGCCGUGCACGGACAACCCGUCCAAAGUGGCGGUCGUAAAAGCGUUGACCAGAAAGUUCAAGUUAUCCGAGAAAGUCAAUCUGCAGAAUAUUGUGAAUACUUGUCCGGACAAUGUCACCGGUGCAGACUUUUACGGGAUUUGUUCGAACGCCUGGAUGACUGCAGCCUGUAGACUCAUAAAGAAAAUCGAGAAAGGAUCAAUAGAGAAGGUCGACGAGCUUACCCAUGACAGUGUGGUGGUUACACUCAAGGAUUUCGAAGACGCCAUCGCCAAUGUUAAAUCAUCGAUAAGUCCAGCCGAUUUACGGUAUUUCGAGAAUUUACGGAAGGAGUUAAAUACUAAAAACUAGAAAUAUUAUAAGGGUUU